CGAGGACGAGGAGAGGCAGCAGCAAUGGUGGCUGAGAACUUUGGAGAAGCAUGCCCGGCGUCGGCGCCGUUCUUUGGUUACAUGGGAGCAGCAGCGGCUCUCAUCUUUGCAAACUUGGGAGCAGCGUAUGGAACUGCUAAAUCCGGCGUUGGAAUUUGCUCCAUGGGCGUAAUGCAUCCUGGAUUGAUUAUGAAAUCAAUUAUCCCCGUGGUUAUGGCUGGUGUGAUUGGCAUUUAUGGAUUCAUUAUAGCAGUUGUUGUUGGAACGAAGAUCAAGGAGCCAGUGGGUGGAGGAUCUCAGGCUGUCACUCCUCAGUACACCUUGUUCUCGGCCUUCGGACAUUUGGGGUCUGGCCUCACUGGAGGCUUGAGUGGUCUUGCUGCAGGCAUGGCCAUUGGGAUCGUUGGUGAUGCUGGAGUUCGUGCUACUGCUCAGCAGCCCAAGCUUUUCGUCGGAAUGAUCCUCAUUCUUAUCUUCGCUGAGGCUCUUGGGUUGUACGGACUUAUCGUUGCUCUGAUCAUGUCCUCUUCCGGAGGUGGAUCCUGCCCAUCUGCCUAAACAUCUGAUUCGAAGAAUCCAGACAAACAGGAGAUACUUAGAAGUGUGCAUUGAAUGAAUCAUUUGAAAAACA